AUGUCGAUUUCCCUGACGGUCUCCCUCCUCAGCGGGGAGUCGGUCUCUGUUUCUAUACCUCCCUGCUGCUCCAUCGAGACAUUUCGCCAAAGAGCGCGCGUGGCGCUUGGCAGAAACAUCGGCAAGCUUGAGAGCGCCUUUGCCUUCAUCCGUGGCGAUGGCUCGGUCGUCACAUGGGGCGACGUAGCUGAAGGCGGGGACUGCGCCCACGUGAAGGACCAGCUGCAGGACGUCCAGGCCAUCCAGGCAACCGCAGCUGCCUUUGCUGCCUUGCGGGCCGAUGGGCGCGUCGUCACCUGGGGAAACCCCGAGUUUGGUGGCGACUGCUCCGCGGUACAGAGGCACCUGGUGAAUGUCAGCCACAUCCAAGCAACAAGUGGGGCCUUCGCCGCCAUACGGAGAGACGGGACUGUGGUGACCUGGGGAAUGCCCCAUCUGGGUGGUAACUCCCGAGAUGUCAGUGGCCAGCUCCACAAUGUCCGGGAGAUCCAGGCGAACGACGCGGCCUUUGCCGCACUGCGCAUGGAUGGGACGGUCAUCACCUGGGGCUGCCAGGAUGAGGGUGGCGACAGCAGGGAGGUGCAAGCAGAUCUCCAGUCCGUGAAGUGCAUUCAGAAGGGCUGCCCUGGCUUUGCCGCCAUCAAAGCAGGUGGCGAGGUUGUCUCCUGGGGCUUCGUCGACCCUGAUGUGCAUAUCCCCUUGCUGGACCAAGACGAAGGCGUCGUCCACACGGGCCUGCCAGAAGUGCAGGAGUUGCAGAUGAUGGGCGACUGCUGGGCGGCUGUGGGCCUCGACGAGCGGCUGAAGACCUGGGGAUACUUUGGGGAUCCCGGCAAGCAGAACCGGCUGCACAACCUGCGGGGCGUCCAGCACAUCACACGCAACGAGAGCAACGCAUGGGCCGCCAUCAUCAAGGAUGGUUCCGUGGCCACUUGGGGUACUCCCAGCUCGGGCGGUGACAGCAGAUCUGUCCAAAGGAAGCUGAAGAAGGUCGAGAGAAUCCAAGCGUCGCAGAGCGCGUUUGCGGCCAUCCGCUCGGACGGCGAUGUGGUGACCUGGGGUGUCCAGACCCAAGGGGGCAACAGUCGGGCGGUGCAGAAGAAGCUGAAGAAUGUCAAGGACAUCCAGGCAUCCUGCUCAGCCUUUGCCGCAUUGCGAGCGGACGGAACUGUGGUUUCCUGGGGCAGGAAGCAUCAUGGCGGGGAUAGCACCGCCGUACAGGAGCAGCUCCAUGACGUCACGUGCAUCCAGGCUUCCAUGGGCGCAUUUGCCGCCAUUCGUUCGGAUGGCUCCGUGGUGACGUGGGGUCCGCCAUCUCUGGGCGGCGACAGCUCGUACGUGAAGGAGCAGCUGGGAAGAUCCAAGGAAGAUGAUGAGGCCGAGAAGAGGGCCAAGGCCAAGGCCCGUGCCCAAGCCAAGGCCAAAGCCAAGGCCAAGGCAAAGGCAAAAGCCAAGCCCAAGGCUACAGCGAAGCCCAAGGCGAAAGCCAAGGCCAAGGCCAAAGCGAAGCCCAAGGCCAAAGCCAAGGUUAAGGCCAAGUUGAAGGUCUUGAAGAAGCCCUCCAAGAAGUAG